CAGGAACAGAUCCCCCAUUUUAAUAUUGCGAGUAAGAUUGACAUUUGGAAAUUAGUUGCUGAUCCCCGUGGUUUAAAAAUUUAGAUAAAUUAUUAACAGAUAGAUAUUCCAGAGUUCAGACUAAAGAGUAAUCCACCUUAUAUACUAUGUUGUACAACUCGAAUCCAGAUGAACACGCUUUUGAAUUUCUGAAACCUCAUCUAUCUCUCUCUUUUUUUUUUAAUCUCCUACCUAAGUUAGUUACACAGAUAAACACAACAUAACAGGCUUAGGUUAGUUACAGUUUUUGAUUAUUUUUGUUAAAAUAUGCAAUGGGAGCUAAAAUCAUGAUGAACCAAUUUCAUCACAAUGGCUAUUAACUCCAAUCCAAAACGGCGAGUAUGUUUUUCAUAUGCAGCCUACACAAAAGACCUCAUCCAAUAUCUCAAAUCCUGCAAUGUUCCCAUUGAGAAAGGCCUCACUGAUGAUGAAGUUACCUCCAUUGAAUCCCAUCUCAACUGCAAAUUCCCGCCGGAUUUCCGAUCGGUUCUCCAGGAAGGGCUCCCGGUGGGCCCUGGAUUUCCCAACUGGCGGUCAACGUCCAUCCCGGAACUUCAGAAUCUAGUCACUACUCCGGUUUUGGGUCUCUGCAAGGAACUAAUUAGAAAUCGGUUUUGGCUUGAUUCUUGGGGUAUUAGGCCGAUGGAUAGUGAGGAAGCAAUGAAACUGGGAAAAGGGUUCUUGAAGAAAGUCCCGGUUCUUAUUCCGGUGUACCGGAAUUUCUACAUUCCUGCGACGCCCCUCUUGGCCGGAAAUCCUCUGUUUUACGUCAAUGGAGGGGAUGUUAGGUUGUGGAGUUUCGACAUUGCCGGAUUCUUUCAUCAGGUGGAACUGAAUUCAGGUGAGGAUGUUUUGAAAAGGCCCAGUUUGUCUAAAUUAAUGAGUGUGCCGUCUUGGGCGGCGACGGAGCCAAGAAGGAUCGAAUUCUGGACGGAUUUCGCCGAGAGAGGAGAAAGACUAGCGGAGAACGGCGGCGGCUCCGUCGAGUAUUGGUGGAGUGAUGAGUGCUUUGGUGAAUGCUUAGAAGAUGUGUUUUGGAGAUUAAGGAAUGGAGGGUGGAAAGAAAAGGACGUCAGGGAGAUGAUGAUGAUGGACGAUCAGAAUUCCGGCAGCUCUUCUUCAUUACCGGUAAUAUUCGACAGGGAAAGUAUUGAUCAGCAAGUGAAAACGUUGUCCAAAACCUUAUUACAGGCAGGUUGGAGUACUGAAGAUGUGAUUGAAUCGCUCGGUUCUUUAGAAAACAUUCAGUUUCCGAUCAGUUCUCCUCCUCCGACUUAUGAUGAAGAACAGGAAGAGGAGGAAUCUUGGUUUGAUUGUAACCAAUCAAUUUGCAGCAAUUGGGACGACGAGAUCAAUUAUCAAGAUGAUUAUACCGGUAAUAAUAAUACUAAGGAAGUAAAGGCCCUGAAGGGAACUGAAAUGAUGAACUCGCAUCCUAUCAAGGUGUAAUUCUGCACAUUACCAACAAAGGUGAUUAUUUAAUUUUGUCAUUUCUCGAAUCUUAGAACUCAAGUUAGAUUAUUUUAUGGCUUCAAUUCAUUGUAAAUACAACAAUAAUUUUUUUUUCCAUAAUGGGAUCUGUACUGUUUAUUAGUUCUUGCUCUGAAUUCUUAUGCUCUGUUUCGAAGAGCGUUCGUAACUAAUUGAUGGAAUUAAAGGGCUCCUGCAAUUAUAAAUCCAGA